AUGCUCGCUCUCUCCAUAGUCAACGUCGUAGCGACGAUCACGUCCGUGGCUCUCUGUUUGUCGCCGUAUCCAGAUUUCCGACGCAUUCACACACAAAAGAGCACCGGCGAGGUUCGCAUUCUUCCAGUGGUGAUGCUGUGCUGCAACUGCGUGUUGUGGGCUCUCUAUGGCCUCAGCAGCGGCAACUACUUUCCCGUCAUGUCCAUCAACAUAUUCGGCAUCGUUACAACAGUCACCUUCUCUGCGAUUUUCUAUCGUUGGUCAGCCCAUCGGACCACACUAAACAAGAUGGCAGGGUGUACCGGUCUCGGACUUUGCACAGUUAUACUUUUCACAGUGCUCGCAAUGACUGGAGUCGUCCCUGUGUCGACUGCUCAACUCCAAGAAAUUAUCGGCUACUGUGCUGUUUCUAUCAAUAUUUGCCUCUACGCUGCCCCCCUGCAGACCAUGAAGCUCGUGAUAACCACCAAGUCGUCUGCUUCGCUACCGAUCACCAUGUGCGUUGUCAACUUGUUCAACGGAACGCUGUGGUGUAUGUACGCGAUCCUCAGCAACGACAUGUUUGUCCUCACCCCAAAUUCUCUGGGUGUGGUCAUGUGCAUCGUCCAAAUUGAGCCUUUGAAUCGAGCCAGGAGUGAAAUGGUGCUUGCUGUCACUACCUGCGCCGAAGCUGUAGCCAUCGAGUUUGCACGCUCCAAGUCGUGCCGAGCCGUCGCAACACCUCAAAUACCUCAAACAGCUUAG